GAUCAGAAUGAGGCGGCGUGACGUCAGUUGUUGUGACGGAGAGUGACGCUCUUCCUCGCUCUCCCUCUUGUGUCCCUCUCCCAGCUUGUCCCAAGUCUUUCCCUCUCCCAUGAGCUCUCCCUGACCACCAUGUCCGCCCUGUUCGCCUGCUCGCGCUGUUUCAGUCGCCACCCCUUUGAGGAACUCUCCCAGGGGCAGCAGCUGUGCAAGGAGUGUAGAGGUUCGUUUCCAAUUGUAAAGUGCACAUACUGUCGAAGUGAAUUCCAGCAAGAAAGCAAGAGCAGCACAGUCACUAUCUGCAAGAAAUGUGAGUCUAUGGUGAAGCAGCACGGUAAGCCCUCAGCCUGCGAGUACUGCAACGUGAUAGCGGCAUUCAUCGGCAACAAGUGUCAGCGGUGCACCAACUCAGAGCGCAAGUAUGGCCCCCCUCUUUCGUGCGACCAGUGUAAGCAAAAAUGUGCAUUCGACAGAAAGGAUAUUGACAAGAAAAAGGUGGAUGGGAAGCUGCUGUGUUGGCUGUGUACACUCUCCUACAAAAGAGCACUGGCCAAAACCAAAGUCACAGAUCCUGCAAGACACUCUCACAUCAAGUUGGGUUCUCGGUCUGGUCACCACAAGGACAAAGAAAGACACAAGCUGAGUGGACACAACAAGCGCCCCAACCGUCCCGAUGUGACCAAGAUACCUCAGGAGGAGCCCCCAGCCAAGCUGGGGUUAUAUGAUACAGGCAAAGACACUCAGAAUAUGGAAAUACAUGACAAUUUUAAGGCUUUGGUCUCUAGGAACUCUGGACCAAUGAGGGAUGACCCAGGGACGGCCGACCAGCUGGUCCUGAUCACACAGCUGCGUGAACAGAUAGCACACUUGGAGAAGCAGCUCUCAGGGAAGGAUGCACAACUCCUGGCUAAAGAGAAGCAGAUGACAGAGUUGAAGGCUUCACAGUUCACAAUUGAACAGGAGCUGCGUCAAAAGAUGAAGAAUGUGUCACGUGAGUUUGACAGUAAGGUUGAAAUACUACAGAAGAAGAUUCGUGAGCAGACCAGAGAAAUUGCUUUGCUAAACCGAGGAAAGAAGAAAGGAGACAAGAACGCCGUGCUCUCCGCCACGGACGGAGGCUCCUCUGGGACAGACAGCCCCUCCGUGGGCUAGUGAUGUGGUGGUGGCACAUCCCUGAUUUAUGUUCCUCAGGUGUACUCUUUCAGUUUCAAACUUGAAGGUAUUUUUAACAAAGGUAAUUUUUAUUCUUAAUCAGUUACUCUGUCAUAAACUUUAGUUCUUUCUGCUUUCAUAAAGUUUCCUUAAUUGAGUUGUUUUCAAAAUUGAAGUACCUAAAGUAAAUAACAAGAUUUAUUAGUAAUUUCAGAAAUAUAUAUAUUUUGGAAUCAUUAUUUUCAUUAAUUCUUUUAUAGAUGUAUAAUUAAUGGUGUGAUACACUUGAGAACUUUUUGUGUCAAAUAUUUUAAUGGGCUAAUUAAAAGAUAGUUAAAUAUAUAAACCUUUUUAGUGAGGAUACUUCCAUCAUUUGUUGUAAGUUUCCAGCAAUAUGAGGAUUUUGCUUGUUGAUAUAUCCUCGUAUGAAAUGGUCACAGGAAGGUGUGUAGUGCUUCAGAAGAGUGGGUUCACCUCUCAUGAUGCUCCAUGUAUAACUCAGUGUCAGUGUGCAGACAGUGCACUUCAUUGUCCUAAUAUUUCACAGUUGUAAGUUAUACACUGUAUAUUAUUUCACCAGUUAAGAUGAAUAUGUAUAUAUUCCAUUGAUUUCUAUUAGGUUUUAUCAUUCAAAGAACAUAUACUAAAUAUGUUAUAUUUGUAAAUUUUGAAGAAAAAACUGGGUAAGAACUAAGGAGUAAGUUUACUAUUGUAAACCAUGAAAGAUAUUUCUGAGGCUAUGAUAUUUUUGUAGGAAACUGUACAUAGACAUUUUAGAACUGUGAUGAGUGAGGCAGAGUGAAGGCGUGGGAGGCUGAGACAAGGCAGAAUAUGGGUAUUAAUUUUGACUUGCUAGACAACCCUAGCAGUUUCAAGCUUGCAGUUUUAGGAUCCACCACUACCUCCUAUACACAACAUUUUCAGGAUAAUUUUUUCUUUCAUAUUUUUUGUUGCUUACAACCAUUGAGAUACGUAAGAUCUGUGACAGACAAGUCACAGCUGUUAAUUCUGUUGCAGCAAAAUUUAAAAAAAAUUAUUUUCAUAUACUGUAAGGGAUUUCUGUAGAUAAGCUGGUACUCAGCAGUUAGCUCUCUAACUCAUUAUUGCUGAGCUGCUUCAUAAUCUUUCUGUACACUUUUUCUUUCCUUUUAAAUCCCUCUGUUACAGGGAUGUACUCCCUUGGAUCUUGCUUAAGUCAGUGCCGAGUGGCGGUAAUCUUAGGGCACCAUGAAUACAACAAACCACUAAUGACGGUGCAUCGCGUCCUGAGUGUGUGGUGCAUCAGCAAGGAUCAAAUAAUGAAUGUCAACAGUAAUUUUCCAAAUUUGCAAAUGCUCUUCCCUCCUUCCUAGUGUGCCUGGUCAGUUUUUUUUUUUUUUUACCAGGGGAUAGAGGCAGUAGCUGUUUGUCAUGAUAGAUACAACAUCGUGUACCAAGUGGCUUUGUGUAGGAAAAAAGCCCAGUUUAUGUCACCAAUUCCUAACCAUAGUUUAAGGAUUAUUCGACAGUAUUAUGGCAGUUCAUUAAUGAUAGAGAAACAGCUCUGUUGCCAAAUAUGCAAGGACUUGCAUAAAGAUUUCAAAUGAAAUAAUCUAUCUUGUAAUGAUACCACAAGGGUGGGUGGUUGUUCUGUCAAGCCUCCAUUGGUAAGGUGAAAUGUGGUGAGGCUUGUUACUGUCCUGCGUUACCUGGUGAAUGUUGUCAUUGUUAGAACUGAGCCAACUCAUCUCUAAGGGGUGAUAUUACUACAAAGACAGGCAGAUGUAGAUUUACGUGUUAAAAAAAUUGUGAUCAGCAGCUUGCAAGAAAGAUUUAUUUUCUGUUUUGCACAUCAUAAUUACCCCAUUGGCUUAAUUGAGUACAUGAUUAGGAUUAGUGCAAAAGUCAUCUUGGAAAUAGAUCUCACUGCUAUUUGUGCCAGUGUCAAUUCCAGUACAGUUGGUCACAAGGCAGUUAAAGCCACUAAUUACAUCACAUUUUAAAGAAGACACAGAAAAGUUCUUCACUUCUGCCUUCACCCUUUGCCUCCUCCCUGAGUACCUGCCCUAUUGUAAUGAAUGCAUAAGCCUCUAGUAGUAUUAGUUUGUGCCCAAAUGCAAGCCAAUCAAUAGCUGUUAGUCUUUCAGUAAAGCUCAUUAAUACAGUUUGACAGAUUGUGGCAGGAAGUAAUGUGUAUUCUUUGUGAUGGGGAUGUUCGAGUGCUCCUUAGAAAUUUAUAUUUGUCUUGCACUGUGUUGAAAAUGGUCAGAAAAAGGAAAAGAGGCAAGAAAACUCAUAACCAGCGGAACGUUUUUGUUACAGUGCUAUUGUGCUUCGCAGAAAUUAUGUUGCAAAUUAUUUGAAGAAAACAUUGUAACAUCACAAGCUAGAUAUAUUCUGCCUACUGCUACCUGCCCUCCAGGUUGCAUAGUUCUCUAUUGGCCCCAAAGAUAUUGACCAGUGAAAGUUGAAUCAGCUUUGAGGUUUUCUGCUUCAGUAUAGCAUUACUUUCAAGUUGCUGGUGGGCUGACAUUUUAGCAUAGCAUAGUAACAUCAGUGGCUCUGCAUUAUGUCUUGAAGGCCUGUGGAUUGAGUACACACCUCUGCUGCUUUUUUCAAUCAAUACUAUUAAACUUGCUUUAGAGUGUGCAUACAAAUAUUAAUGUACAGUGAGUUGUUUAAAUAUAAUGUAUGAUAGAUGAGAGCAUUGCUGAAGUCGUUGGUAAUGGAAGGCUGUAAGGAAGUGAUACUAUAAGAAACAGUCAUGUCCACUUAUGAUGACUGAUAGAGUGGACUGGUGUAAAUGUUAGACUACAAAAGAUAUAAUAUAAUAGGAAUAUUUUCACAAAUAAGAUGAGUGGAGAGUGUAAAAUGUUAUACCCAAUAUCUCUGAAAAUAAGGAGAGCAAUUGUGCAUGCCAGAAGUGUAGAGUAUUUGUAGAUACAUGAAUUGUGACUGCCUCAAGAGCCUCAGUGGAAAGUUUACCACAUCUUGUCCUGACAACUCCUCAGGUCAGAUGUAGGAAAGUUGAAGGGGUUGUUAUGGUAAAGCAAGGGUUAAGUCAGCUCUACUGCCAUGCCUCAGUGUAGAGAGACCUGUGUGUGCUGAGUUGCUAGCCCUCAUGUGUGAAGAUCUGUCCUCUUGGGAAUCAAGAGGUUGAGUUUGAGGGAAUGUGUGAGUGAGCACCUUGUCUUGGCUUCCCUCCCUUGACAGACACAUCAAAGCUAGUGAAUGGGUCUGAGGUAUUAGUGUGUUAUUCUUUACAAAGUGGAUAUGCAUAACUUUUGUGUACCUGCUGUAUAACCUGAACUAAAGAUAGGCUGCUGGACAUGUAUAUGGUCUAUGUUGUUAACUGUGUUUCUUCAGUGUAUAACACAAAUUUACUGACAGCUGCUUUUUCUUUGAUGUUAAACUUGCCAGUACUUUCAAUGCUAUUCCAUGUACUGAUAAGCAGGAGCAGAAAUUCCAUUAAAUGGAAUGUUUGUGGAUUAUGCUCAGGUUAUAAAAUUUAGUGCAAUCUUUUUUUAUUGUUAUGUGAUGCACAAUAUAUUGGGGAUUUUCAUUAAGGGUAAGUUUUUAAAGGCAAAAAGUAAAUCACAAACUUGACAGUGGUCACAGCUUUCGGUUCUGUUGUAAGAGCUGGCAGAAAUUGUAAAGUUGAGUGGGAAUGUGUUGCACUGGUGAAGUAUUUGUGACCAUCUGCCUAAAGCAGUGAUGCCUUGUUCUCUAUGUUUUCAUAUCUGCAUAAUUUUUCAUCACACACCUUGUCAGUUGGUUAUCCUUAAACCCGAACCCACACUCAACAAUGAUUUCUUUUCUCCGCCAUACCAUGAAAGCGAAUUACAUAAAUUGAGGCCUUACUGUAAAUUAUGGUGUUUAAGGACUGGCAUUUCGCAACUGACGUGACAUGAGUUUGGUCAGCAUGUGUAUGUUUUUUCAAAGGGAUGUGUUUUGUUGUUGGCUGUACUACUUAUUCCAUUCUUUUCUGUGUGAUUAAAUAUUCUAUUGCAGUGAUGUGUGUGCUAUGUGACACAGAGACUUCACUGUAAUCUGUUAUUUUGUGAAGAUUAAAUUGAAAGUGUGAGAGAGAGAGAGAGAGAGAGAGAGAGAGUUGUUGUAUACAGGGCAAUGAAUAAGCUGGCUCAAGUAAGGAUGCCAAGAAUUUUAAAACCUACAAAGUAUUUAAUUCUCUGCAUUUGUGUUCAUGAAGGCAAACAUUAACUAUUUUGCUGCUGUAGUCGUGUGUGUGUACCAUAGAGUGUGUUGUCUGUGAGGCAGCGAGGGGUUGGUGAGGACGUGGUGAGGCGCUCCAUGUCCUCAAGGUUUAGUAGUGUAUAUUAUGAGUCAUCCAUCAUUAUCCUGUUUCCCAUUAUUUUUUGCAAUACUUACCCACUGUACAGGUGAUGUAUACUCUUUAUUUAUGUACGUAGUAAGGUGCUUUGUGGAACUAGCUGCAUAAGAUAGUGGCAUUCAUUCAUUCAUUCACUCAUUCAUUGUACAAUUAAAAAGACAGGUGAGGUCUUGACAAGGAGGAACAAGAGGCCGUAGUAGGUUUGUUGUCCUCCGUGUGGCGAACAUAUGUUUUCUCGAACAAUCUGUCCAUAAUACGUAUCAUGAAUUGAAGUUGCAUGUAAUUUGUAACAAAGUAGUUACUUAAUAAAAAGAGUCGGCAAACAA